CAGCUGUUAUCUGCUGUUAUCGUGGUGUUUUUUGUCGUUUGAUCGGUUUCAAAACCAAUCAACCAUCGUUUAAGGCUUUUAAUCUGAUCCAACCUUAAAGAUACUCUGAGAAAUCUCUGUGGUAUUAUUUGGGAAGCACUCUGCAGAGUGAAAUUACUGGAAUCAUGGCAAACGAACUAGAGGAAGCUUUAGAAAGGCAUUACUGGGAAGAUGAAUUGUAUGGAGCUCGAGAGAGAAAGUUGAAAGCUCUCGAAAAAGGUGAAGGAACAGAUUGCGUUUUUGUCGUUGGUCGUGAUGACUCGGAAGUUGAGGAGUUUUACGGCAAUAAAUUUGACUUGAGAGCUGCGAGCGAGUACUUCGAGGUGCUUUUCAGAAGCCCCCUGACACCUCCGGGGCCCAUCCGAGUGAAGCACGUGGAGCCCCGCAUUUUCAGGAUGGUCAUUGAGUUUGCCCAUUGCCACAAACUCUUCAAACAUCCUGCCAAUUUGGAGGAGGCGGUGCUGUUGGCCAGGUCAGCCGAUGAGUUUUUGAUGACAGAGUUGGACAUUGUCUGCAAGACCUGCAUCUCAGUAUUCCUCAAGGUGGAUCAAGUGUGGAAAAUCUACGAGAUGAACAACUUGUGUCAUUUGGUGGCCAAAUCUUGUCAAGAGUUCUUGUGCAACAAAACAUUAGCGUGCCUGAAUCACCCAACAUUCCUUGAGAUUAAAACUGAUACCCUGAUUUCAUUUUUGGCCUGCGGUGGAAAAAUGAACAUCAAUUCUGAAGCCGACCUUGUCCAAGCGUGUCUCAACUUAGCCAACACAAAGAACAGUGACGAUGAAAAAAGGCUUUUGAUUAGAUCUGCCCUUCCACACCUGCGCUUGCUUACCCUGGACGAGGGACAAAUUUCUGCGCUCUCAGAUUUUUUGACAGACGAAGAGAAAAGUUUCCUUGUUUUCAAAAAGCAACCUAAACUCUCUCCGCUUUUCCCUACUGGACCUUCGGCACCUGAGAGAAUUUGUCAAAUUAAAACAUCAAGGUGCGGAGUGAAGACCUUCACCCUGCGUCCUGACCCAAAGCCUCUCAGGUUGAGGGAAACACUUCAGACUGAAAACCGUAUGGAAGUUGGCGACCAGGAGUGCUUCACCAUUUCCUUCGAGGCCAGCAAGUUCAUGGUCAUUCGUGGCUUCGACAUUUUCUGCAAAAUGAACGACCCUCCAAAAACAGUCUUCAUCGAUUUAACAGAUGACCAAAAUUUCCUGUACCUGGAUUCCUAUGCCAAAUGUUUUGCUUAUGACAAAAAUCUUGACGUCUCUAUCAAAGUGAGGAGCUGCGACUUGAAAUUUUCUGGUGCAAAAUUAUCAUUGGCACCCACCACUCUCAGGCCUUUUGUGACCAACUCUUGGGUUCACUUUAACCUGAACGUCCUCGUCCCUGAAGGAGGCACCUUUGAGAUGAGUGUCACUUUAAAAGAGAGUUGCUACUACAGAUUUGACAAGCCAUUGAAUGUUGUGGAGACUGAAAUCCCCAAGUGGAAUGAUCCUGAUUCCUUGAAGCUCUUCAAGAAUAUUAAAUUUUCAGACCUGUUUUUCAAUACAGAUGACAAACUUAUUGAAGCCCCACGGCAUCAGUCUCUUACUGUGGUUAGAAAGCUCUAUUACACCCUGAUUUAGAUUGCUUCUGUCUUCACUUGUCAUACUUGUUCAUUUUAGGGACUUUAAUUUUGCAAAAGUUUAACACCAAAAUUAUCUCUAUGCUAUAUCUUAUACGGUAAAUUGAAUUACAACAGACAGCAGAGACCAAUUUUAUCAAAUAAUAGGAGCAAACAAGCAAAAAUCUCAUCUAGAAACCAAUAUGUAGCACUAGUAAAUUUAAUUUAUUAUGAAUGCUUUUGUCAAAUUUUGUUUUUUAGUGUCUAAGAACAUUUUGAGACGUUUGUAAAAUUGCAGGCUAAUUCUACCUGCAAUUAAACAAAAGAUUUCUUGAAUAGAUAUUAUUGCGAGCAAUUAUGUUAAAUAAAUUACAAAGAUUAU